AUGAAGGAGAGCCUCGUGAAGAAGACGCUUCAGGAGAAUCCUAGCAUUCUCAAUGGUAGCAGGCCCUUGCAGAGAACUGGAACAAAGCUCAAAACGAUUAUAAUACUUGUGGCAGUGUCGAGUUCUCUCACGAUGUUGUUAUAUUUGGGGGUUCAAAUCUACAAAGUUUCCCUGGACACGCUGGAGAAUGUGGGACCCAAAAGCGCCUUUUUGCCAUUGUGGCUCAGCUUUGACUGGCCAUGGGAACGUAAGUUCUCGUUUCCCAAAUACUUGGCUUACUUCGACUCAGAGUACUACGCCUAUGUGGACAGUGUAUCCAAUUUCACCGAGGAGUUGCGGCUGCAGAAGGUGGAGUUUCUGGUAUUAGACGAGCUCUUCAAGCUGAAGGUUGUCAGGGACACAUUUGGGAUCCCACUUCUGCUCAGAACAGAGAAGCUGGACUCUUUUGACAUCUGGAUAGAGUGUAAGCAUCCUACGGUGCAUGGACCCACGAUCCGAAUUAGUAAGGAACACGGGAAGCUUCGCCUCCUGUGGAAAUGGACUGUUCACCCGCUUUCAUGGUGGGGGUCGAUAGAUAGAGCACUCACGGCGCUGGGCUUGAAGCUAGAUCGUUUAGAUAACACUGAGGCAAUGAAAAAGACACACGAGAAAUCCAGUGGAAGAGUGCACGAGGUGAACACCUCCAAAGAUGGAAAACUCAAGCGAGUGCUAUGUUCGGGCGACAAGGAAUAUAGCGUCCUCUUCAAGGGCUCCUUCCACUUGAGCAACUCCUCUACGACCAGAACCGGCCGGGUCUCAUAUCAAGGAAUGAUUGAUUUCGAUCAUAUAGGGAUCAAUCGGUGCGCCCGUUUGACGCUGGUGGGUUUGACAGUUCAUGAAAACGCCUCUGAUGUAUCCUACAAGGUGGUUUGA